AUGAACAACACAACGAGCCAAGUCACUGGAGCCUUGCCACAAGCAUUAGAAACAUUACGAAUCUGUACCGCCGUUUUAGGUAUCGUGGUGUACAGCACAGGAUUAACUGGUAAUACUCUGUCCUUGUUGCUUUUUAUUCAAAAAGAAUUACGUCAAGUAUCAACCGGUCAAGUUUUCCUCCUAUUAAACAUAUUCAGCACGAUUCACUUGUUCUCAUUGAUCGUAGAAUAUGUUGAUAGUAUUUAUCAAGUUCAAAUAAUCCCGAAUGCAAAGUUUCGUUGUCAGUUUAUACUAUGGCUACAAAAUGUGACACGUACGAUAUGUUCAUUUUUAGCUGCCACUGUCUCACUCGAUCGUUACAUCCGUUCGGAAUAUCCGAUGAAAUCACGCACAUGGUGCACAGUGGCAAACGUUAUAAAACUAUUUCUGUUCUACUGUUCAUUUUCGAUCAUAUUCUACACAUUCUUUUUUCAUCCGUUGAAUAUUUUCAACAAUCUUUAUCAAUGUUCGUUUCCUGUGCCCAGUACUUUUCGUCUGUUCGUUUUAAACUAUCUGCCACCCAUACGCUUUGUGCUAAUCUGUGUCAUGCCAGUUGCUAUCAUGAUUGGCUGCGGUAGAAAAAUGCUAUGGAAUAUUCAUCAAUCGAAAAGUCGCAUUUCACAACGAACUACACCAGCACAGCCUGGUGUGACAACUAUCGCUGCUCCAGCAUCCCAAGGAAGCAAUGUAACUGAAAAUACGAGAAAACGACGAGCGGCUAUUGAUUCAAUGUUAUUGAUGAUGGUUCUAUCGAAUGUGGUAGCAUAUCGGCAUAAGCGCGCGUAA